UGAAUAAACGAAAGUUCACUUCGUUCUCGUUCAAUCAUGAAGGUCCGUCGGACGUGCAUAUACCCACUCCCCACUCUUCAAAGGUAUUGCUAUCCACCUUCAGUCGAUCCAUAAAAAAAAAGUUUAUCUUUACCUCUCCGUACAAGGUUUAGAAUCUCCAUCAACCUCUCUUACAACGGGUUUUCAGCCAUUCAACGUUCGUUCGCUACUGUUGUGACAAUCCUCGCCAAUUUCUCAAGCUCGGAUCUUUCUUUUCGUGAUCGCAGAGCCGCGCCUCGCCCCCAUACGCAUAUUUGGCUUCCACGCAUACACUGCCUCUUGGUCCUGAUCCGUAUCAAAUUUCAUCACUCGCCUCCCUUGGCACUCAUCACGCGGACAUCAUAUAAGGGUCAGCAAUAUUCAUGCUCGACAUGGAUCCCUCAAGUGACCCGGUUUCAAACGUCACUUCAACAGUUGUAUACAACCUGCAAUAUCAGCAUGAUUGGGUCUCCCUCAAAGUCCAUGAAACGACAGCUCAGCGACCUCUGAUCAGAGGUUUGCCGCCGAAACGGCUCUACACCCACCCUGAUGACCAGAUCGCUGCUCUAGAACGUGAGAGGGCCACCGGAGAGCCUCUGGAUCAGACACCAGAGCUCGAGUGGGUGUUGGCAGUGCAUCCCGAAGAGAAAUGGUGUAUCAAGAGAUUCUCCGAGAUAUUUGACUCCAUCGAGCGCAAUGGCCCGCGAGAGAAGAGGCUUAUUCUGGCCAUCGUGCAUAACGAUUCCACGGUUGUCUACUAUCUAAUGCAUGAGGGCAUGGUCAAGCCUCGACAAAACUAAUCGUCGACAUCCUAAUCCGGGCUUGUAUUUUGCGUUACAAUGUGAAUACUACUUUCUGCGUCUUACGCUGCUCAAAUAGAGUGUAUCCUUCAGGAGCCUGUGCGAGCGGCAUGAUGUGGUCGAACAAGAAGCUUAGGGUGAUGUUAGCUGUUGAAGCAUCUCCAACGGUAACUCAAAAACUCACCCAAUCUGGUCUUGCUUCUGCUCCAGCAACUUGAGGGCUUCGUCAAAGACGCUGCGGACUGGGCAGCGACCCAUCUGCACUCGAAUGUUCUUUCUGCAACAAGGUCAGCCAGUCAGUUCUCUUUUGGACCAAUACACAAAGCAUCCCAAGGCGUUACAUACGUAUACGCAUCGUCGCCCGUCCACGGAAUCUGCAUUGUGAUGUUAGCUCCUGUCCCUGGCCAGCAUUUUGUUCUGGUAUCAUACCUCCUUGUUGUGGACACCAAUGCUACUAAUAGCACCAAAAGGUCGCACGAUAUCGAAUGCAGUCCUCAAAGCUGGGGACUGGCCAACAACUUCAACAACCAUAUCUGCGCCUCGUCCUUCCGUCACCUCCUUUAUUCUAGCUUCCAGCCCUGCUCUAUCUGUCUCAAAGUUCAGGGGCUCUGCACCCAGUUUUCGAGCUUGCUCCAGGCGACUGUCGACACUAUCGAUGGCAAAGAGGUGGCGAGGCUUGAAAUGGGUGGCUGCUAGGAUAGCACAAAGCCCAACAGGGCCACAACCUAUGACGACUAUUGUGGCAUCUUGAAUGUUCUGGGAAGGGAUCAAUUCUGCGGCGCUCUUUACACCAUAGAAUCCGGUGGGAAAGAUGUCUGCCAUGAGAAGGAGAGCCUGGUCUGAGAUAGUCCCGGGGGCCUUGACGGCAGUUCCAUCGGCCAUGGGAAUCCGAACGUACUCGGCUUGUCCUCCGUCAAGAGUUUCACAGCCGAACAACUGGCUCUCAACGCAACGGGCUGAGCAACCAUUGUUGCAGAAGAAACAGUUGCCGCUGCAGUUUCUUAUUAGCACGAAUACCGGACGGUGGAGGAGAGAGCUCACCAGGAAGCUGUAAAGGGAGCAACGACCUUGUCACCAAUGUUGAUUGUCUUUACAGCUGACCCAAUCUGGACGACCGUUCCGGUGAACUCGUGGCCCAUGAUGAAGCCAGUAUCUGAAGGCUGAUGACCACGGUAGAUGUGAAGUUCCCUGGGGCUCUAGUUAGCAAAUGGGACAGCAUUUUGAGGGAUGAUGACGCCCUUACGAUCCACACAAGCCAGCGGCAUGAACUUUGAUAAUGAUAUCCCUCUCAUCUCGAACUAUAUCGAGUUAGCUGUAGUCGAAAUAGCCCUCAUUCAACAAUGAUAAGUCUGAAGCUGGGUGACUCGUCAACUUACUCUGAGGCACUGGCCUAUCCUGCACUGAUAUUUUAUACAGACCAUCGAAAACCACGGCCUUCAUGGUUGAUGGCAAAGACAUGAUGUUGGUUUACGGUUGCCUGUGUUGGCGCAAAUUGUACAGCAAACUCCUCGCGAAGGGGGCUUGUUGCUUCGAAAGAAACACCGAUUCAGUUGUUGUAACUUCACUCAAAGAUCAAUUACAUAGUUUUGUGAGGACCGAGGUGGGGUUGCGUGUUCCGCCAUCGGCGGAAGAUAGCAGGAUUUGUGGUAUCCGUAUUGUAGUGGGGUAUCAUGAUAAACCUGCAACUACUCUGCACGUUAUGGGUUGAAGUUUGAAUGUGACGUGUGCUUGGACCAAUGAAAGUUCUGAAUUCGUGACCAUGAAGGCGAUAAGCAUGGCGUUUAUAGUCAAUAGAGUCUGGAGAACUACGUAAGAUGGUUGGCGACCCAUGGUGACUACUUAAAUAAACCUUUAAGGCUUGGGAUGAAUGCUACUGUAGCAGUUCCCUGGGCCAAAUUCGGUAUCGGGUGGUUAUGAAACGGGACAUAGAGGAAAGACC